GCGUGUGUGCGCGAAGAUCUAACACCUUUAAACCAGGGGUGUGUGUUUAAAGGAGUUGUGAUGAGUUCAGCAGGAGACAGACGCCGCUCCUCCAGGAGGCCCAGUUCUCCUCUUCCCUCACAGCCGUGUGAGGACAUGAAAAUGGAGACUUCAGAUGGAGGAACAUCCACAUGGUCAGAAGUGAAGAAAGAGGAGAUGCUGGAGCUGAACAUCUGCAACCAUGGAGGCGACCUGGACACCAAAUCUGAAGAUAUCUCCAUUAAAGAGGAAGAUCCUGACCAUAAAGACCAGCUCUACUGUGAGAUCUGCAAAUCCUUCUUCUUCAACAAGUGUGAGGUUCAUGGUUCUCCCCUCUUCAUCCGUGAUACGCCUGUACCCAUGGGGGUCUCUGACCGAGCCAGACAAACUCUUCCUCCUGGACUAGAGAUUCAGGAGUCCAGUAUUCCUGAUGCAGGACUCGGAGUGUUUAAUAAGGGGGAGACUGUUCCAGUAGGUGCACACUUCGGACCCUACCAGGGAGAGCUGGUGGACAGAGAGGACGCCAUGAACAGUGGAUACUCCUGGGCAGCAUUAGAUUACUUCUCCGGAGUGGAAGAUUCUGAAGAGGAAAAUCUCUCCUCCGAUUGGGAUAGUGAGGAUUCCUAUACUGACAAAGAAAAUGGAGAUCUGUCUUUUGCGUCCCAGCCAACUGCUGAGCAGCCGCCCACACAGCCUCCAGCAAGGUACACAGCUGGACAAAAGAGGCCAUUGAUUUGGGAGGAAGACCUUUUUGACUUAAGUGAUAAACAUUCAGAAGUUCAGGAUUCACCGACUGCAUCAAAGCUGAGGCGAGGAACAAGAACCGGUCAAACAUCUCAUUCCAGCUCCCAGUCGGCAAAAAUGGAAAACUGGAAAACCGAGCACGACCAGGAUAUCGCUCCGCCACCAUUCCGAUUCAGGCCACUGAGGACCCCUGGUGUACAGGUCGAUACCACGGUGGAGCAUUCCCCCCUCAACCUGUUCCAGCUGUUUUUCUCUUCAGCAGUGGUCAAACAACUGUGCAGCAACACCAACAAGUAUGCUGCACAAAAUAGUCCGGGCAAAACCUAUGAUUGGGAAGAUGUAAAUGUAGAGGAGUUUUACAAGUUUUUGGGGCUGGUUCUGUACACUUCACUGGUGAAGCUGCCAAACAUCCAGGACUAUUGGAGGCGGGACUCCAUUAUGAGUGUGCCUUUUCCUGGAUCCAUCAUGACUCGGAUUCGUUUCCAAUCAUUGAUGUGGAACCUCCAUCUAAGUGAUCCAAAGCAGGACCAGGAGAAUGAUGGGGAGAAAUGCACACCCGGGUUCGACAAACUGUUCUGCAUCCGACCACUCUUGGAUAACAUGCGUGUGGCCUGCAAAUCAUUGUACCACCCGAAGAGGGAACUGGCUAUAGACGACAGGAUGGUGGCCACAAAAGCCAAAACUGGGUUGACCCAGUAUAUAAAGAACAAACCCACCAAAUGGGGGAUAAAGCUCUUUGUGUUGACAGACUCAUGCAAUGGAUACACUGUUGAUUUCAGUGUGUACGUUGGAAAGUCACGCGAUCCAAGCAUUCAUGGACUGUCGCAUGAUGUGGUUUUGGAUCUGGUGCAGCCACUGGGUACUGGAUACCAUAUUUACAUGGAUAACUUCUACACAAGCCCAAAGUUGUUCAAUGACCUGGCAGCCAUGAAGUUUGGGGCCUGUGGAACAUACAGGGAGAGCAGAAAAGGGUUUCCUAAUGGCCAGGGUGUCCUGACAAAAAAGUCACCACGUGGCACAGUGCGGUGGAUCAGGCAGGACUCCAUUGUUUUUGUAAAGUGGAUGGACACACGAGAGGUGUCUGUGUGCUCCACUAUUCACCCUGCCUUUUCUGGUGACACCGUUCAGAGGACGAUGAAGGACAAGGAUGGAAAGUACAAGUUGGUCGCCGUUCCUUGCCCUGUUCCAGUGCUACAGUACAACAAGUACAUGGGUGGAGUUGACCGAUCCGAUCAGCUCAGCCAGUACUACUCUACACACAGAAGGGCAAGCUGUUGGUACCACACCCUGUUCCUUCACUUCCUCGACAUUGCCUGCACCAACGCUUACAUCAUGCAUCUGGAGCUUGCUGACAGAAACAAAUCGGGGAAGUUGGCACAUAAGGAGUUUGUGUUGCAGUUGGUGAGUGAACUAUGUGGGGUGGAAAAAACAGGAAUUCCUACAAAGCGACAGAGUGACCAUCUUCCUGUUGCUUGUGCCAAGGAGUUUAACAGCGCCAACAGGGCCACAGUGGGGCGCAGGCGCUGCCAGAAUUGUGCUGGUAAAGGGGUGCGUAACACCACUCCCUGGAAGUGUAAGGCCUGUGACACUCCCCUUUGUCUGAUGCUGGACAGGAACUGUUUUGGGGAGUGGCAUGCAUAGCCUGCUUGUUGACUGGAACUGUUCAUAUUUGUUCAAAUUAGUUUUAUGUUCUUUUUUUUAGAUUAGA